UAGAGAGAGAUGAUCUCUGGUGGUGAUUAUCAUCCUCUUCCUCAUAAAUCCAAGUCCCACAUCGGCCAAACUAAUGAUUUCAGACCAAAUCAAGUCCGGCCACUACCAACUGGGCCACGUAAAAAGAGUACAGGAAUUCAGGCCUGGAUGCUGAUGAACAAAAAGGGUGAGGCCCAAGUUGUUGAGGCCGGGAAGUAUGCGAUCAUGCGGCGAACGGGCCUUCUGGCCCGAGACCUUCGAGUCCUCGACCCACUUCUCUCAUACCCAUCAACCAUUAUGGGCCGUGAAAAAGCCAUUGUGAUCAAUUUGGAGCAUAUAAAGGCAAUAAUUACAGGACUCGAGGUUCUCUUAUUGAAUUCUAGGGACCCAACUGUGAUGCCAUUCAUUGAGGAGCUCCAAAACCGGAUUCAACGUUUUCACCAUGCUACCAUAGCUCAGAAGGGCGAUGUUGAUGGUUUGAAUUUCUCCAAAGAAUUUUCGAAGUUUGAAGAUCAAGACGAGUCUCCUAAGGUGGAGGGAAAAACUGAUGUAAAGAAUCAAGAUGGAUCAAAGGUUCUUCCAUUUGAGUUUGUUGCAUUGGAGGCAUGCCUUGAGACUGUUUGUAACUGCUUAGAGAGCGAAACAAUCACUUUGGAGCAAGAGGCUUAUCCAACCUUAGAUAACUUGACCUCAGUGUUAAGUACUCUCAAUUUGGAACGUGUCCGCCAAAUUAAAAGCCGCUUGAUUGAAAUGUCUGGACGUGUUCAAAAGGUAAAGGAUGAGUUAGAACACUUGCUAGAUGAUGAUGAAGAUAUGGCUCAAAUGUAUCUUACCGAAAAGUUGGUUUAUGGUUUCAAUAUGAAUGAGGGAGAUGAUAUGGAAUCAAAUUUCGAUGAUAGGAUGCCAACUAAAAUCUCUUUGGAAACUUGUAGGUUUUCUAUUUUAUCUGAUGAUGAAGGCCAAAACCUUGAGAACCCCCAUGGGAACCAUACUAGCAGUACUCAAAGUUACAUGAAUAAGAACCUUGAUGUAAAGGAGCUUGAAAUGCUCUUAGAGCCAUAUUUUGUGCAAAUUGAUGGUACACUGAACAAACUAUCAACGCUAAGGGAGUACGUACAUAACACAGAGGACUUCAUCAACAUAAUGUUGGAUGACAAACAGAAUAAACUACUGCAAAUGGGGGUCAUGUUAACAACAGCUACCCUUCUACUAACUGCCUUUAUUAUUUCAGUUGGGUUCUUAAGCAUAAACGUUAGAAUUGCUCUAUUCAAUGAUAUAAUAAAUGGAGAGAAAAAUUGGUUAUGGACUGCUGGGGGUGGCAGUAUUGGGUGCAUAGUCCUAUAUCUCUUUGCUUAUAGCUGGUAUAAAUAUAAGCGAUUGAUAUAA